CUCACCCCCAGCAGAAGGUGGCGGUGUACAAGGCUCUGCGGACUGCAUUGGCAGGGCAGAGGCCACAGGAAGCUGAAGCCGGUUGGGGGAUCCGCCUCCUUUCUGGGCAGUGGGAGCCACAGUUGUUGGAGCCUGAAGACCUGAGACAUCUCCCUCCUCCGCUGCCCCGCCGGCUGCCCACCCAGAAGGCUGCACACCCAGUGUGAGCCCUGGGCACACACCCCUCUCUGUGCUGCAAAGCCUCUCCCAAUGUCCCCUUUGCCCACCCUCAUUUGAGGCUUCAAGGGUGGGGCUGGGGUGGCACCCAUUCUGUCUUACGGUGCUCCCUGUGAUAGGUUCUGGUUUUCAGUUUGGGUUGUUGCUGUGUGCAUUCCAGUUUUGUUUCCCAGCUGGGAGAUAGAAACAGGGAGGGAUUCUGCGCGGGCUUCACCCCACUACAGCCGCUUGGAGAACGGCCCCGCAUGGGGACCACUUGUCACCUGACUGUCCGCCUCUGCAGAGAGUGUUGGGAGCCCGGAAGUGCUGCAGAUGCUCAAGAUCUACCGCAGUGAUCCGCAGCUGAUUGUGCAGGUGCGUUUUUGCGGCCGCCAGCCCUGCAGCUGCUUCCUGCGCGCUUACCGCGAGGGGGCGCUGCGCGCCGCGCUGCAAAAGUGCUUGGCAGCGGCACUCGCCCAGCAUUCGGUGCCAUUGCAACUGGAGCUGCGCGCCGGCGUGGAACGGCUGGACACCUUGCUGACGGAUGAGGAGCGCUGUUUGAGUUGCAUCUUCUCCCAAAAGCCUGACCGGCUCCGGGACGAGGAACUCUCGGAGUUGGAGGAUGCCCUCCGGAAUCUGACAUGCGGCUCGGGGGGCCAGGGUAGCGACGUGGAGGUCGCUCCGGCGCCCUUGCAGUCCCUGGACACUUCUCUCUCAGAGGAAAAGCCGCUCCCGCCUCCAUCUGGCCAGACUUUUCUGUUCCAGGGUCAGCCCAUAGUGAACCGGCCGCUGAACCUGCAGGACCAACAGAAGUUCGCGCGCUCAGUAGGCCUCAAGUGGCGCAAAGUGGGGCGUUCCUUGCAGCGAGGCUGUCGUGCGCUGCGGGAUCCGGCGCUCGACUCACUGGCCUAUGAGUACGAGCGCGACGGGCUGUACGAGCAGGCCUUCCAGCUGCUGCGGCGCUUCGUGCAGGCCGAGGGCCGCCGCGCCACGCUGCAGCGUCUGGUAGAGGCACUAGAGGAGAACGAGCUCACCAGCCUGGCAGAGGACUUGCUGGGCCUGGCGAAUCCCGAUGGCGGCCUGGCCUAGGCUAAGUACCAGAGAAAGGGGCGAUGCGCCAGUUAUUCAGCCAGGGUUUGGAGCACUUAGAUGACUCUAGAGUCCCUUUUGCUGCUACUGCUGAGCUCUGUCCAUCCAUGGGACUCUGAGACCACUUAGCUGAGCUGUUGGAGCUGCUGGGCAGUGCUGACUGCCUUCUCCAAGAGUUGGGCAAGCACCCACCAUGCCUACUGGGGUGCCCUUGGGGAUUUGGCUCCAAAUACUAUGACACAGACAGAGUGCAAGGGUGACCUGCUGCAGCAGUCUGCCUACCCCCAAAUGAAGGGCUUCUGGCCAGCCCUUACCUCUUCACUAUUGAACAAGUAAUUGCUCAUUAAGCACUUGCUGUGUCCUCCUCAUCAUCCUGGGUGCUGCAAAUACUGUGGUGAACAAGAUACAUGAAACUGCCUGUCCCCCAGUUCAUAUUCAGUGUCGGACUGCAAAUAUUAAGCAACAGUAAUAAAACAUUACCUGUUUUUUGAUGUGAAAAAUAGGGGUUAGGCUUCU